AUGCCUGUCGCAGCCUUAAAUAUUUUGCCCACGGCGGCAUCAUCAACAUCAACAAUACGGAAGUCGUCCCUCGCUCCGGAGAAGAAGUACAAAUGUCAGUUCUGUAAUAGAGCUUUCAGCAGGAGCGAACAUCGUAGUAGACAUGAAAGAUCACAUACUAAGGAGCGCCCAUUCAAGUGCAUGAAGUGUAGAAGUACCUUUGUGCGACGCGAUUUGUUGCUCCGACAUGAUCGGACCGUACACGCUAAAGACGGCGGUGUUCCUUUGCAUAGCGAUGUAAAGCGACGUGCCGGCCCGAAGGCAUCUGUUGUAUCGGGCUCAGCCAAAGCAGCUAUCGCUAUUGACACAUCGGCCCUUGAACAGAUCGAGGCCAGUAGCGAUGGAUUAGUUGACCUAGAGACCGCCGCUAUGUUGAUGACCGACCUUCACCACAAAGCUACUGCGGCGAUGCGCAAUGCAGGCGUAGGCCCAUAUGAGAAUAGACCUGGAAUGGCUUUCACUCAUAAUGGAACUCCGCUCAUGGAACCAUCCGUCACGUAUCCUUCGGGUGCAAUUUCGCUUCCACAGGUCCCGUGGGACUCUUUCAUGCCGCAGUCUGUGACGGAGCCAAAGUCUCAUUCAAUUACCUCGGGUGCCUCUGGUUCCCAAGAUUCGCAUGCGUCUUUCACAAGUGGCAGUUCGAUGCAGCCUCAUCCUAACCAGCUCCCCCCCAUCGUUAAACACAAGGCGUCAUCGAGCUACAAUGGCCUCGUCCCCGCGUUACAGUCGAUGAUUGACUCAUUGCCACCUUCAGUAACCUCCACUCCGCAACUGUCCCCAAUGCAACCCCGUUCCGAAGCAGCAGCAAUGAGAGCACCCCAAGUCAUGAGUGAUGAUGAACGCAAUAUUAUCUUGGACAAUAUCCGUGGCCAUGAUAGCGAGCGAGCAAUCCCAGAGGGCUUCCGUCUUCCCCCCUUGGCGAAUUUGAACCGGUUCCUUUCGACCUACUUCAGCUUGUUUCAUCAUCAUCUCCCUUUCCUGCAUCCAUCAACCUUCAAGCCUACGCAAGUUUCGCCCCCACUGCUGCUUGCGGUUUUAUCCAUAGGCGCUCUCUAUGCCUUUGAUCAAGACCACGCAUACAUGAUGCACAUUGGUUCCAAGGUUCUCGUGAACCAGUUUUUGCAAAACAAGGAAAAUUUCAGCUCGCGCAAGUGUCCUUUGUGGACCAUGCAAAGCUCGCUCCUCAACAUGAUCUUCGCCAGCUGGAGUGGAGACCCUAAAGGGUUGGAAUGGGCUUGCUCAAUUAAGAGUUUACUUGCUAACAUGGUUGCCGGUAACCGUUAUGAGCUAAAGCUUCGCACCGAUGCUCGAGAAGGCGCUGCGCCUACCCGAUCUGAAUGGGUAGAAGAUGAAGGCUGUCGGCGAACGUACUAUGCGGUAUACAUCUUCUUUGGAUUACUGACGCUGACCUACAACCAUACUCCUGCCAUCAGUUUCAACGAAUUUGAGGAUCUGCAACUUCCUUCGACCGAAGCGAUGUGGAACCUUAAUGUUUCUGACGAAGCUACCUGGAGAGAGCACCUUAAAGCUGCUGAAAUCCCCUCAUUCAUGGAAGCGCAUGCCAAUCUAUUCCAGGGUGAAUCCUUACGCUACAGUGCCUUUGCAACCCGUGUCAUGAUUAAUGCACUCUUUCUCGAGAUUUGGUAUCACAAGCGCAGCCCGGAAGCACUCCAAGACAUGGUCCUGGAAUUCAAACUCCGACUUGCUUUGGAGACAUGGGAGAAGUCGCUUGACCUUUGUGAGCCUGAAAUCGUCUCAGUCCCACUCAACGCCCCUCAUAAAGGACAUCCAUUGAUAUUUAAUGCCAUGGCCCUGUUCCGCAACGCUAAGGCUCGUCUUGAGGUUGAUCUCAAGUCGAUCCAGGAGGUUUUGAGGUAUCACGACUCUUAUGAAGUCGCUGCUGCCAUGUCAAAUGCUAGGGAUAAGGUCAAGAGAUCCAGCGAGAUGAUCAAGGUCAUUCAAGAGUGCUAUAACUGCAUCGAGACGGCGGCCAUUCAAGGGAUUCGUUGGGUUGCGAGGACUUCUGCUACUAACUGGAGUAUCGAGCAUCCUCUCUGUGGCUUAGAUCUCAUGGUAAUCCUCAGCUUGUGGCUUUAUCGCCUGGAAAAUGACGAGGAGCCCCCAACUGAGGAGGAAACGACCAUGCACAACAAGAUCCGAGCUCUCUUUGAUGAUGAUUCUGUUGGCUAUAGCUCCAAGCUUAGCUCCACAGUCGCUCGUGUCUGGGGUAGCAUGCUUGAUGAAGUUGUUGUCUGGGGAAUCACAAAACUUAUGGGAGAGUCCUUUCGACUUCAUUCUCAAGCCCUCGUGGGCUAUGAAGAUGACAUCGAAGCUUCGGACGUGUCAACACCCUCCAUGAUCUCUCAGGGGAUGGAUGACGCCGAUGAUAGCGUGUACUAA